AUGGAUAAAGUUUGCACUUUUUGCAACGCAAAAAAGUGGGCCGGUGAGCAACCUGGGCUUUGUUGCUCUGGGGGCAAAAUCAAACUCCCUUCUUUAGACGAACCUCCCCAGCCGCUUAGGGACCUCCUUCUGGGUACAACUUCGGAGUCAACGCAUUUUCUUGAAGCAAUACGGAAGUACAACUGUUGCUUCCAGAGGACGUCUUUUGGUGCGAAGGCGAUUAGUGAGGGGGGAUGUAUGCCUACUGUCAAAGUGCAAGGCCAGGUUUACCACUUAAUGGGAUCACUUUUGACUGAUCAGGGAGAGUCACCUCAGUUCCUACAAAUUUACUUUCUCGCUGACUACAACGAGCAGGUUGAUGCGCGUCUCGGCAUUCUGCCAAGCGAUAUUUCCGUCGGUCCCCGUAAAGAAAUUCUGUUCCGUCUACAAGACAUGCUUCACGAAACUAACAGUUACAUCCGAAGCUUAAAGUUUUCGUUACAAAACAACUCUUCGCCCUCUUUCAGCGUUGUCAUCGAUGCAGACAGACGGCCUCACAGUGGGCAUGAGCGUCGCUUCAAUGCUCCUGCAUGUAAUGAAGUCGCCGCAGUCAUCUACGGUACCGGGGCGGUGGUCUGCGCCGCAUCAGUGAAACCCACCGUUCAUACGACUGUCUCCAGUACCCACUUCUUUUUCCAUACGGAAGCGAUGGAGUGCCAGUCUUAUAGAGAGGCAUGCUUCCGUUUGGGAUUGCUUGAAGACGACUCCCAAUGGGAUGCAGCCAUGGCGGAGGGUGAACUUCUCAGAACGCCAUCACGGUUUCGAACACUGUUCGCCAUAUUGCUUUUGCGAUGCGAACUAAGGGAUCCUCUGUCGCUCUGGCUAAAGUACAGAGAAUCCAUGUCAAAGGAUGUGCAUAUUCAACAGAGCGCUGGUGGCCCUAGAAGAUGUUGUUUUCGAACUGGGAGGUGCCUCUUUACCAAUUUACGGUUUACCACCACCGCUCAGAGACGGUUUUGA